AUGGCCACGCGGGAAGACCCUCGACCCCUCUCUUCCCCCAAUAGCCCUCAGUUCUCGAUACUACGGACACACUACGAGUACGGCUGGGAAAUUGGCGAGAGAAGCGGUGAACGUGAUACAAGCCAUCCGAUGCUGAUCGCGUUGGUUGGAGCCCCUGAUCCACCGAAUGACGAGCAUACCAAUGAUGUGGAGAUCCUGCACGAACCCCAGUCGCCUGGAUGGAGGCACUUCCUGGCAAUCGGAGCGGCGAUCGCCAAUCAUUCCGCCUCUCUUGCUUCCCCUCUUAUUUUCUCCAGUCGAGUUAACCUGGACAGUGCGGAUUCUAGAUCUGUCGUCUGUGGUGCAGGGUCCGUGUGA